GUGUUUUGUCAGGUUUAUUUUAGUGAUAAUUUGAGCUAAAUGUAUUUAUUUGCAACCCUAGUCUGAUUAAGUAUAAUUAUCAUGCAUCAGUGACACUUGCAAUUGUAUGUCAACAAAAAUGAUGCCCAAAUUCACUACGUAAUUCACGUUUCUGCGAAAGACACCUUUGCAGCGUUAUCAACAUGGCGGCAUCACCAUUGAAAACCAGUGAGGAAAACUUGGAACGCAAAUUUGAGAAUGUUACAAAUACACAAGAUGGCGUGCAGGGAUUAUCACUUUGGAUCAUUCAUCACAAAUCUGCCUACAAAAGGGUUGUCGAUACGUGGUUGAAAGUUUUGAAAAAAUCAAUAACAAAACACAGACUAACACUCUUCAAUGUUUGCAAUGACGUGGUUCAGAAUGGUAAGAGAAAGAAGGCAACAAUUUAUUUGGAUGGAUUCAAAGAAGUAUUGAAGGAAGCAGUGUCACUUGUCAGAGAUGACAGCAUCAAAAACAAUAUAACAAGGAUUCUGAAAAUAUGGAAAGAAAGAAACAUCUUCCCAACAGCUUUUGUUACUGAACUGCAGGAUACCUUGGCAACCACAUCUCCCUUUUCUGCUGUGCGACCAUCACCAGUGGUUACUAACGCUCCGACUACAACAAUAUCAACAGCUUCUGCAGCAUCCAAAGCUACUACACAAAGUCAUCCCACUCCAGCCCCAACCAGAGCCAAAGCUGAUCCAAAGAUCCUUGCUGAUUUCAAGCCACAAAUCCUAAUUGAUCGCAUUAACAACUUCAAGCGUUUGGAGGGGGAGGUUGAACUGAAAUGUAAACAGUUGUCAAGUCUCAAGUUGGACGCCUCCAGCUUAGAAGCUGUCAAACAGCUCAAGGAUCGAUCCCACGGAAAACAGUUUUCUAAGCAGUUUGAAGAUUCAAGUCACAAACUUGAGGACUGCGUGGCUCAUGCUGAGCGGGAGAUCAUGGAAAGGAAGGCUCUUAUCCAACUUAUGGAACAGAGUGAACUCUUUUAUGAUGAGCAGUACAGGGAGGCAAAAAUUGUGGCCAAUGCCUACAAGAAUUUUGGAACAAGAAUCAAUAACUUGAGGAAGAAGUUAGAUGACUUGAAGGGGUCUCUGCCCAGUCCAAUCCCUUCUCCCUCAAUGGAUGCUCCAUCUCCAGGGAACACACCACCCCAGCUUAAAGAUGACAACACAGAGGCUGUGGACAUGGAUUUGGAUGAUGAUAAUGAAAACACCCCUCACAUUGUCUCUGCAGCUCCGGUACCUAUACCAGACCGAGUCACAAUGCCGAAUUACAAUGUAGAAAAUGUGUACAUCACUAACCCUACGACUGGUAAAGGAGACAAUGACCUUGAGUCUAGGCUUGCCACAAUGCUUCCAUCUCUACAGCAGCACAGCUCUGCUAAUGAUAGUUUGGUGUACAAUCCUCCUCCUGUCUACAACCCUCCACCAAAGCACAGUGCUCUUAGAGCCAUUCAGUUAGAAAAUGGCAAUGAUGGAGAGAACACUCCAGUCAAAGAUGAAGGAAGUGCAACUCCUGUUAUGGAUGAAAAGCCUGAUAGUUCACCUCCAAGACCAAAGAAUCAAAAUCCUAUUGACUUUCUUACUCAGAUUUUGUCCAAAACUACAAAGGGUUCAGAAACUGGUUCCAAUUUUCUUCAGAAUUUAUCUCUUCUGACAAAUACAGUGAAAUCUCAGUUUCAAAAAGGGACUUCUAAUCAGGCUGUUCUACCUCCUGGACCUGUACCCACACCUGGUAUCCAGCCCCCUCUUGGCCCACCUCCACAACCCCCAAACUCCUGGGCUGAAUGGAAGGCACAACGUGACCCAACUCCCCAGCCUCCAACAGGUGUUCCCCCUCCUAUGCCUGUCUCCUCUCAACAGCCACCUCACCAGCCACCAAUGUCACAGCCUACCGCAGUGAUGUCACAACCCCAGAACAUGCCAUCUUCACAACCUCCUGUGCCUCUAGCACAAUCCUCACUGUCUGGUCCCCCUGCUCCUCAGCUCCUCAUCCCUCCCCCAUUGAGGAACUCUCUUCAGCCUUCGGCUCCCAGUAUGUUAUCUCCACCUGCAAGCAUUAGACCACCUCCCAUCCCACCACCCAUAUCACCAGUACGACCUCCAAACAUAGGAUAUCCCCAAACUUCUUUGUCAUCAAACCAAAUUGCCCCGCCAGUCAGACCUGAUGGAUGGAAUUUUCCUCAGCCUUCCCAAAGUCCUCUUGCCCCCCAAGGGCCGCCCUCUCAGGGUCCUCCCCUUAGGCCUCAAGGACCACCUCAAGGGCCACAGCAAGGACCACCUCAGCCAAACCUAGGCUCCACACAUGCUCCACCACAAAGCCCAAUUUCACAACAACCUCAUUUUAUUCAGUCUUCACCAGGAUUCCAUGGACAACCUACAGGUGGUUUUCAGGGUCAAACUAACCACAGUUCAUCCCCACCUUGGCACCAGACACAGGGUCCACCUCAAGGUGGACCUUCUCCUGUACAGCAGGAUCAGUCAUCUGCCCCCACAUCUCCACUUCAGUCAGCUCCUACACCUCCUUCUGCACCUCCUAAAAGUAUUCUUAGAAACAGAAAAUCUAGUUUGCGAGAGGUACCUCUUACUCCUAGUCCAGGGGAUACUGUUGAACAAUCUCCUGUAACUUCCCGUGUUCCAAAACCUCCCAUGGAGCCCCCAAGUCCAGAUAGCAUUAGAUCACAACGUUUAUCAAGGGAAGAUUCAGACUCUUCUACUGGUCAUGUUCCAGAUGACCACAAAGAAUUUUUAGAAAAAUUAAAGCGGAAAACUACAAGCAAUAUGGCUCGUCCUGCUCCUCCAUCGAUGGAUCAAGAAGAAGAUGAGUCCAGAAUUCCUGUGUUUACACGGAAUGUUUCUCAGUCUAACCUGACAACAAUUACACCAGUUGAUCUCGGGGAGCCCAAAGAUUCAGAAAGUGCUGUAGAUACAAGUAACUCGGAGAAUAAUAAUGACGACAUCAUUACCCAGAUUAGUACCAUAGACAGUAAUCCUAGAGAACCUUCAGCAAAAACACAUGAUCCAGAUGACAUUCGACAUGUGGGUGGACCCAGACGCCACCAUGAUAAUUUUCCUCCAAACCAUGAAAGGAGGCCAUAUGAUGAUCGUGGUGACUUUGAUCACUUUGCUCGUCCUCCUCCUGGCAGAGACUACUAUGAUAGGUACAGAGAUCCAUAUUUCAGAGGCCCUUAUGGGGGCCCACCUCCCCCUAAGAGGCCAUAUCCAGACCCUUAUGAUAGCCAUAGGAGACCUUCUCGACCUUACUACAGAUAUUAACAGUUUGUUUAUGUCAUUCUGUUUGGCCUGGCAGCAAUCCGGUGUAUGUUAGUCUCAGAAUGGUAGAGCUACAGGAUUCGUGUAUUGUUAUUGAUAAGUUAGUUAUUUGCCAGUAUUUUUUAAGAUAAAAACAAAUAGCAGUUUAACUGUUGUGUGCUGUUGUUUGUGAUAAAUCUAUGUUAAACAUGUCACUUUUAUCCUUACAUACAGAAUCUUAUAAACUUUGAAGAUUGUUUAUAAUUUCAGAUCAUGAUUAAAAUAUCAUUGGUCCGGUUUUAAAGUGCAAAUAUAUAUUGAAAAUAAAAACCAUUUAUUUCUUGAUAAAAAUAAGAUGACAGCUUCAUGCUGACCAGUUUUGGUACAUGUAUAUAAUGUUUAGUUUAGCACACCUUUUCAUUAAAUUUCUGAAAGAACUGUGGAACCCUACUUCCCUAAACUUGGUUUACAUCCUUUCAUGGAACAGUGAACUUAGUCCCAAAAGUUUCCUUACAUAUUUCUUGUAACCACUGAUUGAUCCAACUAAAAAUAUCAUGUUUACACAACUAGUUUGUAGUUAUACUGGUAUUCUGAUCCAUUUGUGAAACUGCCAAAAUAUCUCUUAGUUCUACCUUCUUAAUAUAUUAUCCACUAAAUUGCCUGAAAGCAUAUACAGUAUCAGUCAUGGUGAUAAGAUGUUUCAACAUUCCAACGUUCAUUUUUUUCCCUAUGAAACAUAAAGUGAAAGCAUAUGUCCAUCAUAGUUAAGAUGUUUAUAGGAAUUGCUGUUUUAGCAGACUGAUGAAUAAGGACCAAGUUCAACUUUGUAGAAUACUUUUUUGACCUCCACCAGUUUCAGUGAGUAGGGUUUUACUGUAUCUUCAUUUUCAAAGUGAAAAAUCUGCCCACUGUUUCAGUGCCAUUUUGAAAUUUUCAUGGUAUACAUACAUAAUAAACUAACUGUUCAUUAUUUUAUAUGUAAGGUUUUUGUAUACUUAUUCUAUAAAAAAAUAUUUUGUCUAUUUACACAGACACAUAGUCUGACACUGGCAAUAUUGACCUUGUGCACGACACCCAGUUGCGUGUUUUUAAAAGUGUUAGAUUAAUUUAUCAUGCUAGUACAUCUGGAAAAAAUUAUCUAAAAGGUUCUUUAUUUCAUUGAAUUUUCAAAACUUUUUUUUAGUAUCUCAUCACAGUAUUUUCCAUUUUCUCAUAAUAUGAGAUGUUAAGUUACAAUUUUGUGGUUAAAGUAGUUUGAACAACAAAAUAAUAUCACCUUCCAUAAAUCAUUGAAGUAAAAUGACAAAAGGGUUUACAGUGUUUUUUAAUGUGUCAUAUUUUUUGAAAUCAUUGGUUGCACCAAAUCAUUUAAUGUUUCUUUUUUGAUGUGAGACAAUUUUUUAGGAAAUGAUGAAGCCACAAAACCGAUGACACAAACUCUUGUCUUGGUUUUUCUUUAAAAUGUGUACAUUUGAUCAUUGUAACUGUCGCAGGAAUUCCCUGGAAUUGACUUUGUGUCUGUGUAAAUGGUUGAAGUAUUUACAGACUAUUUAAUUAAGUAAUAGAGUGCUAAAGAAAGAGUAAUAGAUUCAAUUUGUUAUAGAUGUUAACACAGUUCUCUGUAAGAAGAUUGUUGAGAGUUUAUCAUGUCAUUGUAGAAACCUAUAUUCAUAAAGUAUUUGGAGUUACAUUUUUUACAAAAAAUUUUAUUUGAUCUUGAAAUACAAAUGUGUUUUUAACAAUUCAAAAGGUGUGUUAUUUGGAAUUGAAGCAGGACUAAUUUGUACCGUAAUAUGGUGCUUGAUUAUGACAAUGCAUGUUGUUGAAGCUGAUGUCAAAAUUUCCUUCACUACAUUUUGCUUGGAAAAAAUAAUAUGACAGCUGAAAAAAUCUAUAAUAAUAAUUUGCUGUAAUGUCCUUUGCAUUUGAUGUUUUUGUUCAAUUGUUUAUAAAUGAGGUACUUUUAAUAAACAAAAUUGUGUUAAAAUCUGUCAUUUUGUGGUAAACGGCAUUAUUUAAUGGGGCAAACACUCUAGUGCAGCAGAUUUGGAGUAAGAGAUUUCAUGGAUGUGUUGUUAUUGUAUGUGAGAAAACUCUGCAUUUAAUUAUUUUGUCACCAUCUGAUAUCAUUGUGUGAAGGUAAAUUGUGGCUACUCAUGUGUAGGUUCAGGUAUAGGUGCAAGGCUAGUCAUGUGCAAGUUGAGUAUGGUUACAUGUCAUAUGCAUGUGUAGUGUGAGAACAGGUUUAGUGUGGGUACAUGUCAAGUGCACAUGUAGUGUAUGAACAGGUUUAGUGUGGGAAGGUACAUGCCAAGUGCACAUGUAGUGUGGGAACAGGUUUAGUGUGGGUACAUGUCAAGUGCACAUGUAGUGUGGGAACAGGUUUAGUGUGGGUACAUGUUGUGCACAUGUAGUGUGGGAACAGGUUUAGUGUGGGUACAGGUUUAGUGUGGGUACAUGUCGUGCACAUGUAGUGUGGGAACAGGUUUAGUGUGGGUACAUGUUGUGCACAUGUAGUAUGGGAACAGGUUUAAUGUGGGUACAAGUCAUGUGCACAUGUAGUAUGGGAACAGGUUUAGUGUGGGUACAUGUGCACAUGUAGUAUGGGAACAGGUUUGGUGUGGGUACAUGUUGUGCACAUGUAGUGUGGGAACAGGUUUAGUGUGGGUACAUAUUGUGCACAUGUAGUAUGGGAACAGGUUUAAUGUGGGUACAUGUCAUGUGCACAUGUAGUAUGGGAACAGGUUUAGUGUGGGUACAUGUUGUGCACAUGUAGUGUGGGAACAGGUUUAGUGUGGGUACAUGUGCACAUGUAGUAUGGGAACAGGUUUGGUGUGGGUACAUGUUGUGCACAUGUAGUGUGGGAACAGGUUUAGUGUGGGUACAUGUUGUGCACAUGUAGUAUGGGAACAGGUUUAGUGUGGGUACAUGUUGUGCACAUGUAGUGUGGGAACAGGCUUAGUGUAGGUACAUGUCAUGUGCACAUAUAGUAUGGGAACAGGUUUAGUGUGGGUAUAUGUUGUGCACAUGUAGUGUGGGAACAGGUUUAGUGUGGGUACAUGUUGUGCACAUGUAGUGUGGGUACGUGAGGACUUGAGAAGAAUCAUUACCAGACAUCAGUGUGACUGAAGGUGUAUAAAUGUUCCUGGAAUGGAGUGCGGCCUUUUUACCUUAUAGGAAUCCUGUUUUAGACAGCGUCAUGAGAUAACGCUGUUGUUGAAUGUUUUAUCAUUGAUCAAGUAGGGUUAAAUGAAAAUGAUGAUUAAUAAUAAAACAGUACAUCAAGUUUUAA